AUGGCCACAUGGCUUUGGCUUGAAGACUUUGGCUUUGAGCACAUCUUCUCAGUCAUCAUGGCUCUCAACGAUCCACUCAUUGCAGCUCUUGCUAAUGAGGCUGUCUUAUGCUUCCGGUGUCUUGAAUCCGAAGAACCUCCAAAUGGUUUCAGUCAGAUCCCUGUGACUGCAGAAUUUAUGGAUAUAUCUCUUCAAAUAAUCUACCAAAAUCGAUACAGUGCCAUCACAGGAAUCAAAAACUUUUUAACCACUGUUUGCUCAAGAAUUUUCUCUGACAUCGUUCAACAAGUUCUCCUAUCCUCCUACAUCACUAGCCACAACCAGCCUCUGUUGGAGAUAAACUUGAAAGAUAGCUUAGGAAACAAGCUAUCAUUAUCCUAG